AUGUGCUUGUCAGACUCAGUAAAAGCUACACCUCAUGGGAGUAGUUCCAGUGAAAAAAAUCUAAAUAAAGCUUCUGAUGGUUCAAAAACAGCGGUUAGUUCAAUGUCACCAAACAAUAUUGAACACAAUGAACCAGAGAGUGAAAUUUACCAAAUUCAAAAGAACUUGGAUAAUUGUUCAAAACUAAUCACUGAUAAUCUACUAAAUUCAAAUUCAUUGUUCAGUGACUUAUGGAAUUUAAUGCCAAAUACUGACAGAAAUUCAAAUCUACACUUGUACUUUUCAUUAAAUAAAAUAUCACCAGAUAUUUCUUAA